UCUAAACACUAAACAACAAAAAAAACACAAAUCAUACAAUCAGCCAUGCGUUUCUUUGCUCUGAUCGCCCUCUGCCUGUUCGCCCUGCUGUCGCUCACCGUGGCCCAGGAGGCGGACUUCUGCCCGUGUCCCCGCAACUUUGAGCCCGUCUGCGGCUCGGACUCCAGGACCUACAGCAACAAGUGCGACCUGGAGUGCCAGGCCACCAAGGCCUCCCGUCAGGGCCGCAGCAUCACGCUCAUCAAAGAGGGAAGAUGCUGAGCACUCAAUAAUGACAUAACCAUAACCGAUUUAUGAUACAACAAAAAAUAAAUACGUGUCUAAUGUGACGUUUGUACAUGA